AUGGCCCCCAUGAAGAGACUCAUCUCCCGAGGCUCUAAGGGCAAGUACCGCAAGAUUGACUAUGACCGUGUGAAGACCAUCAAGGGCAAGAAGUACGACCGCACGAUUCUCAAGGCCGCGGACAUCGCAGUGAAGGGUGCAGGGGACGGACGCAUCUCGCAGAAGGAUGCCAAGAUCAUUUGCCGGGCCUGCCGUCCCACGAAGGAUGGCCGCUCCACGUACUCGGCGAUUGAGAAGACCACCAUGGCCUACGUGCGCAAGAAUUACAAGUUCACCGACGCGGGGGACAAGGCCGUGCGCGGCUUUAUCGCCAAGAUGGGAGCGAAACAGGCUGCCCGGACCAAGGCCAUGAAGGCGAUGAAGGCCAUGAAGGCCAUGAAGGCCAUGGCAGUCAUGAAGGUGAUGAAAGCCAUGAAGUGA